UUGACUUUCCAAUCCCAGACCGUAUCCGGACAAUACCACAAUGUGCAUGUGCUUGAGAUUCGACGGGUAACUAAAGAACAUUAUGGCAAUUAUCGAUGUACAGCUCGAAAUGAUAACGGCAUUCACUUUGCUGAUAUUGAUGUUGCAGAAUCCGAGCAAAAAUAUUUGUACACAAAUGCUAUACAAGAAGUGAACAGCAGUGAUGACGAGGGUUCAGAUAAAGACAUCGUCGACGGAGACGAUGAGGAUGCAGCGGAAGAAGAAGAACAAAGCGAUACGCAACCGAUUCGAUCGAAAUCGUAUCCAUCGCCAGUGACACAAGUGUUCACCACAUCAAGUUCAGCAGAAGGCAUGUUUUCGUAUAAAUUUCCUGUCUGCACGUUUUCAAUGUUUACCGUAUCUCUUUAUAACUGUUGUGAACAAAGUGGAAGUGGUUCUCUUGUGAGUUUCGAUACACUGUAA